GAUGGGCCCCGCGUCCCCGGCCCCGCCGUCCGCACCGUCCGCACCGGCCCCGCGCAGCCCGGGGCCCCUGCCCGCCGCCUGACCCCACGGAGAGACAUGGAGGCGCUCGCCUGGAUCCUGCCCCCGCUCGUCCUGCUGUGCGCCCAGCAGCACCGCUGCCCCAGGGCUAUGAACGACAUUGGUGACUACAUUGGCUCUGACGUGGAAAUCUCCUGGCUCCCUAACCUGGAUGAUCUGAUGACCGGCUAUGCCCGAAACUUCCGUCCCGGCAUCGGAGGUCCUCCUGUGAACGUGGCUCUCGCCAUCGAGGUGGCCAGCAUUGACCACAUCUCAGAAGUUAACAUGGAGUACACCAUGACGGUUUUCCUGCAUCAGAGCUGGAGGGAUGACAGGCUGUCUUACAACCACACCAACGAGACGCUGGGCCUAGACAGUCGCUUCGUCGACAAGCUUUGGCUGCCCGACACGUUCAUCGUGAAUGCCAAGUCCGCCUGGUUCCAUGACGUGACUGUGGAAAACAAGCUCAUCCGCCUACAGCCCGAUGGGGUGAUCCUCUACAGCAUCAGAAUCACCUCCGCCGUGGCCUGUGACAUGGAGCUCUCCAAGUACCCCAUGGACGAGCAAGAGUGCAUGCUGGAACUGGAGAGCUACGGCUACUCCUCCGAGGACAUCGUGUACCGCUGGUCCGAAAACCAGGAGCAGAUCCAUGGGCUGGAUAAGCUGCAGCUCGCUCAGUUCACCAUCCCCAACUUCCACUUCACCACAGAGAUGAUGAACUUCAAAUCUGCAGCAGGUCAGUUCCCCCGCCUCAGCCUGCACUUCCACCUGCGACGCAACCGUGGCGUCUACAUCAUCCAGUCCUACAUGCCGUCCGUCCUGCUUGUCGCCAUGUCCUGGGUCUCCUUCUGGAUCAGCCAGUCGGCCGUGCCUGCCCGAGUGUCACUAGCUGAACAUGAAGAAUGCCAUCGUGCUGUUCUCCCUCUCCGCCGCCGGCGUGAACCAGCAGCUGGCCAUCUCCAACCGGCAGCACAAGAUCCCCCGGAACCUGAUGGGGUCCUACCGGUCCGUAGAAGUGGAGACGGGAGAGGUGAAAAAGCAGAAGGGCCUGAAGCCUGGGAAAAGGGAAGGCCUCAAGUCCCUCUUCAAGCCCAUCGACGCCGACACCAUCGACAUCUAUGCCAGAGCUGUUUUCCCAGCAGCUUUUGCUGCAGUCAAUGUGAUCUACUGGGUGGCCUACACCAUGUAGGGGCAAAGAGCUCCCCUGGCCGGGGGGCCCGAGUGGCACUGCCCGCUCCUGGCUCCAACCAGGAACCGGCGUGUCUGCUGAGCUUUUCCUGGGUCAAGAACUGCCUGGCUAAAAGCAAGUUGGGAUAAGUGCCCAGUGGGUGAUGUGGCCCAUUUUUUGAGUUUGGGGCUGGGAGAAAGAACAGACCAAACCAGCACUUGGUCUGAAUUCAGGCUGUCAUGUGGGCAGGAGCCUGAUUUCCAAUCAACCAGGCACUGAUACUUACUGAGCACUUACUAUGUGCAGAGCACCGUACUAAGCGCUGGGGAGAGUACGGUACAUAAAGAUUAGCAGACAUGUUCUCUGCUCAUAAUGUUUCCAAUCUCUACUUUGGCCAUUUCCUGAGAUUAGAAUCAACCACAAAAUUCGACCCAUCUCCUCAGCUCCUCAGGACUGGAUCCCAGCACUAUUUCAGCCCCAGAGGGGCCUGGAGCAGGCCCUACCCCACUUCAGUUCUUCCCUUGGGACGGUACUGCUGACCUCGCCUGGGAUGCUCAGAGUCCGGCCCCAGUGUAGCAGAUAAGAGACAGAGCAUUCGGUUCCCCGAUCAUGGUCGGGAUCUCGGGGACGUGUGUUUGAGGCAGAGCUGGAUGGAGGACUUGGGGCUCUGCGGUUAUUUAUUAUUUGUCUUGGAUGAAAUGUUUAAGCAGAAACCCUUAGCUGCAGCAUGAAAUAAAGAAUUCUGCCUAGAA